AUGGCUGACCGCGAACACAUCGGCAAUGCUACGCGCAGCAUGUCCAAGGAUGAAGGGCGUUUACGAGAGUUGGGCUACAAACAGGAAUUGAAGCGCGAUUGGUCUUUGAUUCACAAUUUCGGGGUCUCGUUCAGUAUCAUCUCGGUCAUUACUGGCAUCACCACCCUCUUCAGCUAUGGACUCAACACUGGGGGCCCAGGUGUCAUGUCUUGCGGCUGGCUGGUCGUUUCGUUCUUUACCAUGUUUGUCGGUUUGGGUAUGGCAGAGAUUGUCAGUGCCAUCCCCAGUGCAGGAGGUCCCUACUUCUGGGCUGCUAUCCUGGCGCCGAAGAAAUGGGCGCCGUUCGCGAGCUGGGUGACAGGGUGGUACAAUCUGCUCGGUCAAGUAGCAGUCACGACAGGCAUCACCUUCGGUUGUGCUGGGCUCAUUUCUACUCUGGCAACUGUCAAUGGCUACGUGCCAACAGCGGGCAAGACAUUAGGAAUCUACGCGGCACUUCUAUUCUCACACGGCAUGGUGAACUCGUUCGGCGUACACAUCUUGCGCUAUCUGAACAACGCAUCGAUCACCCUGCAUUCCCUGGGUGUCUUCUCCUUCGCAGUGGCGGUAGUGGCCAAGGCUCCCACUCAUCAGUCGGCAAAAUUCGUAUUCGCUACCUUCUAUGACGGAACUGGUGACCCAGGGUGGUCAGUCCGAGCUUCUUCAGCCUAUGUUGCUUGUAUUGGUAUCCUGAUGUCGCAAUACACCAUCACUGGCUUCGACGCAAGCGCUCACCUCUCGGAAGAAACACAAAAUGCAUCCUGGUCAGCGCCUUUGGGUGUACUGAUGUCCAUUGGCUGCUCUGCUGUUUUUGGCUGGUUCCUCAUCCUCUGCCUUCUUUUCAGCAUUCAGGAUUUCGAUGCCACCGCUGCCCCCGAGUAUGGCAAUCCAGUGCUACAAAUCCUGGUCGACGUGUUUGGCAAGACCGGCGCUAUCGUGCUCUUCGUGCUGGUUAUUGUCUGCGUGUGGCACUGCGGCCUUUUCAGCCUGACCUCGAAUUCACGCAUGAUGUUCAGUUUCGCACGAGACGGCGGCAUCCCACAUUUCUUCCACAGCGUCGAUGCCCGCUUCCGCAGCCCAAUUCGGACAAUCUGGCUGGCUGCAUUCCUAUCGUUCCUACUGGCCGUCCCCAGUCUGGGAUCCUCCGUGGCUUUCUCGGCGGCCACCUCGAUCGCGACUAUUGGACUCUACCUGUCUUAUGGUCUCCCCAUCCUGAUCGGCCUGAUAAACCCGGGAGGCUUCAUUCAUGGACCUUUCAACCUGAAAUGGUUCUCCAGACCGGUCGCAAUCAUCGCAUGUCUGUGGAUUGGCUUCAUCACCAUCAUUUUCUGUCUGCCGGAGCUCAACCCCGUCAAUUCACAGACGCUGAAUUACACUCCUGUCGCCGUGGGCAUCAUCGCAUUCUGGUGCCUUGCCAGCUGGGCGCUGUGGGCAAGGAAAUGGUUCAAAGGUCCGAUUCGACAAGUGGAAGCCGAAGUUGCUGGCGUAAAUGUGGACGACCCGGAGGCAGUGGACCGAGCUGAACGAGAAGGAAGGAUUCCUCAACUGGAGGAUAGUCAAGGCGGCAAUGAGAAGAGUCUGUUGGCCACCAUGAAGCAUAACUACAAUUGA